UAUGUUGUCUUUACAAACGUAAAUUCAGUAAUUUAGUUGCCUUGUUUUGUGCUAUGCUACAGUGCUAUCUAUUCCAUUAGAACAUGGCUAACCUAUUAUUAAGUCCAUCGGAAAAAGUAUUUAUUCUUCACGGCGUACAAGAUGAUUACCGUUCAGAUGGGCGAUCAAACAUAGAUUACAGGCCCAUGGAGUUAGAAACUGAUGUAGUCAGCCAUGCUAGUGGAUCGGCCAGGCUUCGUUUAGCCAAUACGGAUAUACUUGUUGGUGUAAAAACUGAAAUUGAUGUACCAAAACCUGACAAACCAGACUUAGGAAAGAUAGAGUUCUUUGUUGAUUGCUCUGCAAAUGCAACCCCAGAAUUUGAAGGUCGGGGAGGAGAACAGCUUGCUAACAGCAUAGCAAACCUCAUGCAGCGAGCCUAUCACUCCUCACAAGCAUUUGAUCUCAAGCAACUGUCCAUCUUAGAGGGAAAGCAGUGUUGGAAGUUGUACAUUGAUGUUUUGAUUCUUGAAAGCGGUGGUAACCUGUGUGAUGCAGUCUCCCUAGCCGUCAAAGCGGCGUUGUUCAAUACCAGGAUUCCCCUCGUAAAGGCAGCAUUGAUGGACGGAGGAAAUGUUGACUUGCAGCUGUCUGACGAUCCCUAUGAUAGCAAACUGUUAGAUGUUGGAAGUGCACCACUCUUGGUAACAUUAUGCAAAAUCGGGGACAAGUGCGUUGUAGACCCAUCAGCCGAAGAAGAAAGCUGCAGCGUCAUCUCUCUCGUAGUUGGAGUUUCGGGAAACCCCCGACACUACAGCACGGAAGCCCUGGAGGCUCCCGAAGGCGGCAAGUGCACCACUAUAGCCAUGAACGGCCCGGGCAGCGUGGCGCCGAAGACGCUCAAGGAUGCCAUCAACCAAGGAAUAAUUGCUGCCAAAUCUCUAGAUGAAGCUUUAGGAGACGCACUUCUACGAGAACGAAAGGAAACUGUCGGUCUAAAAAAGCAUUCCUAUGGAUUUCUCAAAUAAAAUCUUAAGUAUACUAGGUUUUUUAAAAAAACUACAUAUGUUUUCCCAUACGCCUUUAUUUAAUUAAGUAUACAUUCAGAUACAUUUUCGUAAUCUAUAAUUAACAUUAACCCUUAACAAUAGCAUCACACUUUAGAUAUCACAUCCAUUCCUGUCUAGUGUAGGCCAAGCCAGUCUUUUCUUCCCUCACAUUCAAAUCUAUUUCAUUAACAGCAAGUAAUAUUAUAGUAUCUAUAGUGCGUAGUUGCUAUACCAUUCAAUACACCAAGUGAUGACAUAUUUUAGAUAUUUCCAGAACUAUGAAUAUCAAAGAGAAGAUGACUGAAUUGAGGGAAUAUCAAAACAAUAAAUUCAAUAUGUAUAAUCAUAUUUUAACAGUAAAGAAAUAUAAAGAGUACCUAACUUCUCUUACAAAUCAAAAGUAAUCAAAUAAAAA